AGGAGAGGAGCGUUUGCCGAACGGUGGCGUCAUCGGGAGGAGGUGUGGUUGUGGCUGUGGCUGUGGAUAGAUGCCAUUGAAAGGGUCGAAGGAGACUUGAACGUGAAAUGGAAAUCAACCCACGACGCAUCUUUCCGAAGAAGAAAUGGCGGCUUCUCUGCAACUGUUCCAAUGCAAACUAGCGAGACCCUUUCGGUCCUUCCCUUUGCGAAGGUCAACUCCCCCUCUGAGUCUGAGGUGUUGCGCUUCGCCCCCUUCUUCCUACAGCAUCACUCUCAUUCCCGGCGAUGGUAUCGGCCCCGAAAUCAUCUCUGUGGCCAAAGACGUUCUUGUCCUCGUGGGUUCUCUCGAAGGGAUCAAAUUCGAGUUCCAAGAGGUUCUUAUGGGUGGAGCUGCAUUGGAUGCCACCGGAGUCCCUUUACCCGAUGAUACCCUUUCUGCCGCUAAGCAAUCUCAUGCCGUUUUGCUUGGUGCUGUUGGAGGUUAUAAAUGGGAUAAGAACGAGAAACAUCUCAAGCCUGAGACUGGCUUGCUUCAGAUACGUAAAGAGCUUGGAGUAUUUGCAAAUCUUAGACCAGCUACCGUAUACUCUCCGUUAGUGGAUGCUUCAACUUUGAAGAGAGAGGUUGCUGAAGGGGUCGAUAUCAUGCUUAUAAGGGAACUCACUGGAGGUAUCUAUUUUGGAGAACCCAGGGGCUUUGGCACCAAUGAAAAUGGUGAAGAGAUUGGCUUUAAUACUGAGAUUUAUGCUACACAUGAGAUAGAUCGCAUAGCUCAUUUUGCAUUUAAGGUUGCUCAGAAGCGUUGUGGGAAACUUUGUUCUGUUGACAAAGCCAAUGUACUAGAGGCAUCAAUGUUAUGGAGAAAGAGAUUUUUGGCAAUAGCGCAAGAAUAUCCUGAUGUUGAGCUCUCACAUAUGUAUGUUGAUAAUGCUUCAAUGCAACUAAUUCGCAAUCCAAAACAGUUUGACACCAUGGUGACAAACAACAUUUUUGGCGAUAUAUUAUCAGAUGAGGCUUCAAUGGUCACUGGAAGUAUUGGGAUGCUUCCUUCUGCUAGCCUUGGGGCUUCGGGACCUGGACUUUUUGAACCCAUACAUGGUUCUGCACCUGAUAUUGCCGGACAGGACAAGGCAAAUCCAUUUGCUACUGUUCUUAGUGCUGCUAUGCUUUUGAGGUAUGGCCUAGGAGAAGAAAAGGCAGCUAAAAGAAUAGAGAAUGCAGUGGUGGACACUUUGAACAGGGGAUUUCGAACUGGUGACAUAUAUUCUGCAGGAACAAAGCUGGUAGGAUGCAAACAGUUAGGUGAAGAGAUACUGAAGUCAGUUGAAUCUAACGUUCAUGCUGGUGCUGCUACAGUGUGAUCUCGAGACCAACUCGCCAUAGAACUUUGGAUUCUGGUUUUUAUCCUGGAGAUCACUAUGACUGCCAAAGCUGAGAAAAUCUCCCUAAUUUGGCUUCCUUCUGCGUCAUGUAUUUUGUCACGAGUGUCUACUACUAUGCAUAUAUGAUAUAUGAAUGUAACCCUUUGCUUAGAGGUGUGAUCAAACAAUGAGACAUCAUUAAUUAAAAUUGUUUUGCAGCGCCGAAA